AGAGUUAAUGCACUCAGAGCUGAACUCGAAACUGCUAAUGCUCGUGCUGAUGCGGCAGAACAAGAGCUUAAAAAAUUUCUUGAAGAUCAAUCCUCUAAAGAAAUUGAACAUUCUAAUCUUCAAAAAAAAGUCGCAUCACUCGAAAAUGAUUUAGAUGAUAAUGAGAAGACCUUGAAGGAGGCUACGGAGAAACUUCGUGAGACUGACCUUAAAUGCGAAACUUUGGAACGUAAAGUCUCACAACUCGAAAAUGAAUUGGCUGAGAAGGAUAAGAAAGUUGAUGAAUUAAUCGAGGAACGAAACAAAAUUAAGGCGGAAUAUGAGAGUGUUAUUGACUCUAUCGGUGAAUUGUAG